AACUUUCAUCAAACAACAUUUAGCAUUUCAGAAAUUAAUUGUAAUAACUAAAAUGAGUUCAUUUUCUAUAUUGUGUGUCUUGGGAUUAAUAUUCAUUGUGGGGAGUCACGUUGCAUAUGCACAAGACUCACCAGCAGAUUACGUGAACGCCCACAACGCAGCAAGAUCUCAGGUUGGUGUUUCAAACAUUGUUUGGGACAACACUGUUGCUGCUUUUGCACAAAACUAUGCUAAUCAGCGCAAGGAUUGUCAACUGAUCCACUCCGGUGGUGGUGGCCGUUACGGGGAGAAUAUUGCGAUGAGCACCGGUGGCAUGAGCGGCACAGAUGCAGUGAAGUUGUGGGUUAAUGAGAAAUCCGACUAUGAUUAUAACAGUAAUACAUGUGCUGCUCGUAAAGUGUGUGGUCAUUAUACUCAGGUUGUUUGGAGAAACUCAGUUCGUCUAGGAUGUGCCAAAGUGAGAUGUAAUAAUGGAGGAACUUUCAUUACUUGCAACUAUGAUCCACCUGGUAACUAUGUCGGCCAGAAGCCAUAUUAAGUAUAUGAUUCAUAUCAUCAUAUGUUUCAGUUAUAAGCUAUAGAAGCCAUAUCAUAUAUCAUGAAUAAAUAAAUGACACCAGAAAGUAUGUACUAAUGAGUUUCUGGCUCAUUAUUUGAAGUAUGAUGAUAAUUAUCAAAUAAUAAAAUAAUGUUUAUGUGAGUUAACCGUAUGUAUAACCUGCAAGUUUAAUUAAUACCAUCGGUCUAAGAAAUUGUGGUAUUUUAAUA